UGGCGCGUAAUUUUUCAGUCUUGUCCCAGACGAUCAACGACUCAGUUCAGCAGAACAAUUCCGAGGAUAACUAGAUCCAAGUGCCGCACCGAGACACUAGUGGCGUGACAAGAUAAUAACAAUUCCCCGUUAAUUCGACGAAGAAAGUGCAUUGUUUUACUUGUGGAGUGGCGUGCUAAUUGCGCCCAUCUGGUUGGUCGGCAGGUUGGCCCUCGGUGUCUGAUCUCGUGAUCGUGUAAUCACUCUAUCGGUGAUCGGGGUGAGAAACGCGCGUGAGGACAUCGGAGUGAUUUUCUUCCGCGAUUAGCGUCUCGUAUCGGCGAACAAACCGGAGAAAUCCAGUGCACCAAAUUAACGGCGUUACGUUCGCAACAAUUCAAGUGGCGGAUCGAUUGGAUCGAUCGAUCGAGGGGGUUGGGUCGUUACGAAGGUGUUGUGAUUGUUGAUGGUGAAAAUCUGAGCGAGGCGGACAUACCACGACUACUAUUAAUAGAACUCGCCCAUCGGGUGGAAAAACGACGCUUUUUUCGUAACUUUGCAUUCGGAUCGAAACCGUUGUGCUAUGCGACAUUGGAUUAUUUUUGGGUUAGUGAUUGUUUACUAACAUAAGUUCGACCCGCAGUCGUUUUUUGGGUUCAUCCGUGACCGUAAACAGUAUACAGUAAACAGUGGGAACGUUAUGGAGAACGAGCCUUGUGCCUACAGCGCUCAGUUGGUUAAGGAGAAUGAAGUUCCUAUGGUGUCGAUGGAUGGCGAAGCUCACCCGGAAAUCACGCUGGCUGCGAUCGGACUGGGAAUAGUAGCCGCGAGUCUCAUCCUCAUCACUCUGAUAGUUUUCGUUACUCGAAGAAAAAGACAACUGUUUGAAAACAUGGAAAACGGCGCCAGACAGCUGUCCGCGGCCAAACCAAGCGGUCCAGAGGUGAUCACGAUUUCCCAGCAGGUCGACUCCCGAAGCAGUAGAGGAUCACAGGUUACUAUCUGUACGGACGUGAUCACCGAAAUAUGAUCUGAAGGAUGUGUGAGGAUGAAUGUGAAUGUAUUUGAGCGCACGCGAGAGAGUAUUCGGAGAACGAAGUCUGAGACUAAAGUUAUUAGGAGUAGUACGAGAGGGUGUUUCUUUUAAGUCCUAUAUAAAGUUCAGCGAACAUUCAGUGCUUAGCAUUUAGGUAGACCAUUCGUCUGUAUAUAGAAUAUAUUUUUUGCGGGCAAAUAUUUUGUUUUUAAAAAACAGUAUACGAU